CAGAUGGAAUGACUGUACAGAUUCGUAUGGUUAAUCUAUUACUUGAAACUCGUGGAAGUGCUUGUUGCCAAGGGGAAGCAACUCGGGCACCACCUGUUGCAUCUAUUACCAUGCACAACUUUAUACUGUAUACCACAAAUGAAAGCUGGGAGGUUGUAAAUCUUAAAGAGGCACGGGAAUUCUCCAGUAAUAAGAAGUAUAUAUACGUCUUCAAAAAACUAGAAUGGGAAUCUUUGUCUUUUGAUCUUUUGCCUCAUCCUGACAUGUUCACGGAUGGUACUAUAGGCCGCUCUCAAGAGGGAGCAAACCUGAGAGACGAGGAUGGUGAAAAGCGAGUAUUAUUUGGAGCCGAGCGUCUUAUAGAAGGAGUAUCGGGAGAAGCAUUUAUCACGGUUCAGAGAACUGAAUUGAACAGUCCAUUUGCACUUGAGGUUCAGUUACAUGUCACGGAAGCUGUUUGCCCUGCAUUAAGUGAACCAGGACUGCGUGCAUUUCUUCGCUUUAAAACAGGAUUACAUGUCUGUCUAAACAGGGGAAAUGUAGAUUUCAAGUCACCGAAGGUUUCAUAUUGCCUUAACUACUUCAUCCUUUGAUAAAACUAUUUUUCAAUUGUAUUUUAUUGAUAUAGCAAUAUCAUGGUGUGUUUCUGAAUCAAUCAUGACAGCGAUCAACUGAAGCUGCUAGUCAUUCUAUUGUCUCAAUUGUUGUGGACCAUAUAUUUCUUUGCAUUAAAGAAUCUGGUAUGUCUUUAGCCUAAACUAUUAUGUCAACUUAUAUCUCCUUUGAUCAUUUUGAAAUAUUGUAUUGCUAUUAGUUUUGUAUGUAAACAUAGCAUUAAAAUAAUCCUACAAUUGGCAUUAACUUGUAGACUUCCAACUUGAGCUUUUAAUGCAGUCCCUCCAUUUUUCUCGG